AUGUCUGUCGUCGAGCGGAUCCAGGCGUUGGGCCCAGACGAAAAGUUUUGUCUGUUUGAGUUUUUCCCGCCAAAGACAGAUGCGGGGUUCCGCAACUUGCUUGCCCGUUUGCACCGCAUGCGAGACCUUAACCCGCUUUUCGUAUCCGUCACUUGGGGCGCCGGCGGUUCCACCAGCGAAAAGUCCUUGGAGUUGGCUGUCACAUGCCAGCAGCUUCUUGGCAUUUCCACCGUUUUGCACUUGACUUGCACCAACACCAACAAGGCCAUAAUCGACGAUGCGCUCUCUCGCGCCAAAGCCGCUGGCAUUCGCAACAUUUUGGCUCUCAGGGGCGAUCCUCCGCGGACCCGCGAGUACUGGACGCCCGAGUGCAGUUUCCGGACGGCGGUGGACUUGGUGCGGUACAUUCGUGCCCAGUACGGCGACUACUUCUGCAUCGGUGUGGCUGGGUAUCCCGAGGGACAUGUCGAUGGGUCUGACGGCGCCGAGCAGGACCCGAAACGGGACCUUCCUUACUUGGAAGAGAAAGUUGCCGCCGGCGCGCUGUUUGUGGUGACCCAAAUGUUCUUUGACGCCGAUAAGUAUGUGGCAUUCGAAAAGAUGGUGCGCGCUUCGCCCGUUUUGAAAGACGUUGUGCUUAUUCCUGGACUCAUGCCCAUUACCACCUACAAGGUGUUUACACGCGCAACAAAAUUGUCGCAUGCGCUGGUCCCUGCUGCCGUGGCAGAACAACUAUCUCUGGCUGCGGUUGACGACGACCAGGUGAAAAAAAUCGGUGUGGAUGUUUUGUCGCAGCUUGUGGCCGAUGUUAGUGCUCGCAGCGCGGCGCGCGGUUUCCACUUCUACACGCUCAAUUUGGAGCGCGCCGUCGCGGCCAUUGUCGAGUCCUGCCCCGAGUUGCGCGGCAGCGCCGCCCGCCUUUCGCGGUCGCGCGCCUCCUCCGACCCGUUCGAGUCGGACCUGGAAACGUCCGCGCCAAACGCCGGGAAAGUGGAGUCGGUGCCUGAUUCUGUGCCGCUUGUCCGUGACCGCCGUGUCACUUUAGCAGCCACAUGGGACGACUUCCCGAACGGACGGUUUGGUGACGCCAGCUCGCCUGCCUACGGUGAAAUAGACGGCUACGGACCAAGUUUGAAGCUCGAGCCGCCGGAAGCUGUUGCUGUUUGGGGCACGCCACAGAGUGUUGCGGACGUCUCGCGUGUCUUUAUCGACUACCUCUCGGCGAAAAUCCUGUCGUUACCCUGGGUGCUGACGGAAUUGUCCCCUGAAACAGCUUUGAUCCAGGAACAGCUUUUCGAAUUGAACAGUCGCGGGCUUUUUACAUUAGCGUCGCAGCCUGCUGUCGACAGCUGCCCUUCGAGUGACUCUAUUCUAGGCUGGGGGCCUCGAAACGGCCGCAUUUUCCAGAAACUGUUUGUGGAGUUCUUCGUGCCUAAAACAGAAUGGGAGCGGCUCUUGCGCCUCAUGGACAAGGAUAUCUCAGAUAAAACAAUAACUUAUUUCUGCGGGAAUUCAAAGGGUGAAAUCACAACGAACAUGCCCCACAAGUCUUCGCAAAGGACUGCUAUAACAUGGGGUGUUUUCCCUUCCAAAGAGGUCUUGCAACCCACAGUGAUUGACCGCCAGCUGUUUCAAGCAUGGAAUGAGGAAGCGUUUGGGUUGUGGCUUGAUUGGGCUCGUUGUUAUGCUCCUGAUUCUCCUCUGUACCGCCUUUUGGCAGGGAUUCAUCUGGAUUAUUACUUGGUAAGCAUUGUGCACAACAAUUACCUUGCCGAAAACGCCUUAUGGGAUACUUUACUUCAGUGA